AUGAGAGAGCGAAACGGAGCAGCAAAGUUGGACUUUCAAAAGAUAGAGGGGGGAAUCCAACAGAAAUGGGAGAAGGAAAUAAGGCUUGAUUGUGACUCACCCACCACUAUUUGUGAAAGCACAUUCAAAAACAAGUACUUUGUCACCCACCCCUACUUGAAUGGAAGGCUGCAUCUCAGUCAUACUUUCUGCCUUUCGAAAUCCUCUUUUGCUGUUGGUUUCCAUUGCUUGAAAGGGAAGCAAUGCCUAUUUCCAUUGGGGUUGCAUUGUACAGGAAGUUACAUUCAUCUUAAUUCACAGGCCUGUGCAAGCAAGCUGAAGUGAGAGAUGGAGGUCCCUGAUGAGGAGGAAGAGAACCCCAAGUUUGCAGAUGAGUUCAUGUUUAAAGACAAAUCUAAGGGCAUAGAGAGCAAAGCAGUGGCAAAGGCUGUAGAGUCCAAGUUCCAAUGGGACAUUAUGUGGUCUCUGGGGUUGAGUGACAAGGAGAUGGUGUCGUUUGCCAACAUGGAAUACUGCCUGGAGAACUUCUCACCCCAGGCCGUGAAAGACCAAAAGAGGAUGGGUGUAUAUGUGAACUGGCGACGCGCCUUCAUCACAACCGUUGUGAAGCCUUUCUACAACUCCUUUGUGAGGUGGCAGUUUAUCGCCCUAAAUGAGAGGAAUAAAUUAAAGUUUGGUAAAAGGUCUUUCAUCUUAUCACCGAAAGAUGGAAAGCUGUGUAUGGACCACGACAGGCAGACUGGAGAGGGUUACACCCUCAUUAAGAUGAAGGUUGCCGAGCCCUACCCCUAACCCUGGAGUGGCCUUAAAAAUCAGAGCAUAUUCUUGGUGGUAGCUACUCUCAGACCAGAGAGCAUGUUUGGCCAGACUAACUGCUGGGUCCAUCCUGACAUCAAGUACCUAGCCUUCGAGACGGCCAGUGGAGACGUGUUCAUCAACACACGGAGGUCUACUAGGAACACGUUUUACCAGGGCUUCCCGAAGAAGAACGGCAAGGUCACAGGGAUCAUGGAUGUUCUGGGUGAGGAUAUUCUUGGAUGUGCUCUUAGUGCCCUGCUGCCAUCUUACCAGACCAUCUAUGCUCUGCCUAUGCUCACCAUCAAGCAGGACAAAGGCACUGGAAUUGUCGCCAGCGUUCCGUCCGAUGCACCCAAUGACAUCGCUGCCCUCAGGAAUAUAAAAAAGAAACAGGUCCUGAGAGAAAAAUAUGGAAUCAAAUACAAGAUGGUCUUACCUUUUGAGCUGGUGCCCAUCAUUGAGAUCCCUGGCUAUGGGAACCUGUCGGCUCCUCCAGUUUGUGACCAGUUGACGAUCCCGAGCCAGAAUGACCUUGAGAAGCUGGCACAGGCCAAGAAAAGGGUCUACCUCGAGGGCUUCUAUGAAGGAAUCAUGCAGGUUGAAGGCUAGAAGGGCGAAAAAUUGCAGGACGUCAAUAAACCCAUCCAUAAGACAAUGAUGGAGGAGAAGGGCCAAGCUUUGAUCUCUAUGGAGCCAGAGAAGCAGGUGAUGGUGAGCUCUGCAGAUGAGUGUGUGGUGGCACUCUGUGACCACACACUCUUUAGGUUCUGUGAUGAGACCAGGAAGAGCUUUGAGGCCACUCUGAACUGGCUCCAGGAGCACGCAUGCUCUCGUACCUAUGCCCUGGGAACAAGGUUGCCAUGGGACCAGCAGUGGCUAAUCGAGUCCCUGUCUGACUCGACCAUUUAUAUGGCCUACGACACCGUGGCUCACUUCCCAGGGGGAGUGCUCAACGGACAGGGACCGUCGCCUCAAGGGAUCAAGCUAGAACAGAUGAGCAGGGAGGUGUGGGACUUCAUCUUCUUUAAGAGCUCUCUCUUCCCGAAGAUGGAGAUCCCCAAAGAAAACCUGCAGAGGCUGAGGAGGGGGUUUGAGUACUUGUACCCCAUGGAUGCCCGUGUGUCUGGGAAUGACCUGGUGCCCAACCACCUGUACAACCACGUGGCCGUGUGGCCCAAUGCCAGCAGAAAAUGGCUGCAGGCAGUCCGGGUGAAUGGUCACCUGUUACUCAACUCUGAAAAGGCAUGUUUUCCCUUCUCUGAAAGAGAUGGCAACAUCUUCAUUCUGAAUAUCGCCAUCUCCAAGUUCUCUGCUAACGAGGACACAGUGGAAGACGUUAACUUUGUGGAGGCCAUGGCCGAUGCUGGCGUCCUGCACCUCUACACCUGGGUGGAGUGUUUCAAGGAGAUGAUUGCCAAUCAGAACAACCUGAGGACAGGGCCAGCUUUCGCCAGGUGUCUUGGGGGGCAGAAGGGUGAUGUGAAACCCCCGGCCAAGCCCUUCUACUGCACCAUCUACGUGGCCAAGACAUACCCCUCCUGGCAGCACAAUGCCUUCUCUCUGCUGGGAAAACACUACAAGAGCAACAAGGGGACUCUGCCUGAUACCAAGGUCAUUGCCAUGGAGCUGGGUGCCCUGCCGGAGCUCUAGAAACAGAUGGAGAGAGGUAUACUGUUCCUUGCUGUGAUCAAGGUGAGGCUGAGGACAGGAGAGUUGGCCCCUCUCCACCCCCCAGGGCCCUGGUCUGUCUCUGUGAAUUACUUGGAAAUCUUAUUGUUUUUGACAAACUCUCUGGAGCUUGAUCAGAUAGAUGCUGUGUUCACAUCAGAAGAUGACACAAUAAAGGAGGACUGUUGCCUUGGGAAACCGUUCAGUGUCUUCAGAUCUGAGGAAGAUGGACAGACACAUCCUCUUCUUGGUGUGGCAGUGUUCCUCGUCAACCCCCAUCCAUCCAACGGUCUCUUUACCAUCACCAUCAACAUCUGACAGGGCGACAGCAGAGACGACAUCAUCUGCAGACUAUCCAAAGCCAUCAGGCUAAUUAAAGACCUGUCCAAAGUGGAGCUGAUGUGCUUUGAGGAACCUGUCCUGGGGCCUUGCCAGGUGCCCAACCUGGGGAGGGAGGAGCAGGGUAAGCUGCCCAUCUCUGACAAGUCUUCCUUCAGCAUCAGCCUGGCCAACAGGAAGGUCCUCAUGACAGACAAUGGCCUCAGCGUGGAUAUAGGAGACACCCUGAUUUACCUGUUACAAUAGCACAGGUCUGGGGCCUGUUUUACUACUUCUAUCACUGGUCUGACAAGGGAUCAUCUAGUCUCAUAGAUAUCAGUGAUUACCUUCUAGGAAGGUAGGAAGGAUGCAUGUUAACAGUAUUUUAACAGGGCCCUGCUCUCUGUGUAGAGGGGUGGGACUGAACCGCUGGGGCUGUAGCAGAAUGACAAGACACUAUUUUCCUGCUGUGUCUGAGGUCUAUGUAGAUAACAUGCACAGCCCUGUGACGUAUAGCCAGGCUGUCAGAAUGUGUGCGAAGUCAGGUGCAGAAGAGCAGAGAAUUGUGAAUAGGUGCACACUUUAUUUAGGCAAAAGUGAAAAAUGGCCAAAACAGCAAAAAAAAAGAAAGUUUAACAAUAAACAUCUUCGUGAAAAAU